AUGGCCCUCAGUAUCGAACCGAUACCACUGGCAGCUGUCCGCCUGAUGACCAAUGAGGAAUUGGCGCUGGCGAGAAUUGCUGACGAGUUGGCCCGGGACCAAUUCGCUCCCCGCGCUGCACGCUACGAUGCUGCGGCCGAAUUUCCUGCCGAAAAUUACAUUGACCUGCGCGACACCGGCCUUUUGACCCUGCGAGUCCCCAAGGAAUUCGGAGGCCACGGUCUUGAUCCACUGGGUUUCGCCAUGUGCAUCCUCGCCGUCGCACGGGGGUGUGCUUCCACCGGUUUGACGCUCACCAUGCACACGAACGUAUUGGGUUCGUUUGUGGGUGGGUUGGGAACCACGGAACAACAGUGGCGAUAUUUCGGAGAAGCGGUUACAAAUGGUCGCCUUUUCGCUUCGAUUACCAGCGAACCCGGCGCGUCGGCGCGGGAACGGUUCGUCUUGUCCACCACGUUCACGCCCCGGGAACGCGGAGGCUACCGCGUGGAGGGCACAAAACACUUUUGCUCGCUGGCCGACGCGGCGGAUUAUUUCUUUGUGUCGGGUAUCGUAACGGGCAGCGGCGGCGGCGCCGAGAAUCUGAUCUCCGCCAUGAUACCCAGCGAUUCCAGCGGAGUGACGGUUACCGGGCAAUGGGACGCCGUGGGCAUGAGGGCGACGGCCAGCCACACCGUCGAGUACGAUACGUCCGUGUCGGUCGAUGAUGUGUUCGGACCGCCGGGCCGACUGUUGUCGGCAGACUGGGAAGUUUUUCACUGGGUUACGCCGCCGUAUAUCUCGGUAUUGCCGAGGCAGCGUACGCAUACAUAA